AUGUAUGCCCAAAGCCUCCUCGCCGUCACUGGCGCUCUCCUCUCGGUCGUUGCUGCCGUGCCAAUGGUCGGCGAGCCUCACCACAAACAUCAUCGAGCCCACAAGCGUGACAUUGUGUGGCAGACCGAGAUCGACGAGGUGAUCGUGACUGUCCCCGUCACCAAGACCGUGUGGAUUGAGCCCGGCGAGACUCCACCAACCGGCCCAGACUCUUACAGCGCGCCGGCAUCUUCGUCUGCGCCAGCAGUCCAGCCAGCUGCCUACACUCCUUCACCAGAGUCUUCGGCGCCUGCCUACUCUGCGCCUGCCUCCUCUGCGCCUGCCUCUUCUGCUACAACGGAGUCCUCUGCACCUGCCGCACCUGCAUACACUGCCCCAAGCAGCUCUUCGGCACCGGUCUCUUCGGCCUACACUGCACCAUCUUCAUCUUCCGCUCCCGCUGUUUCAGCCUACACUCCUACAACCACCAGCUCUGCGGCACCAGCAUACACUUCUUCAACCACCAGCUCUGCGGCACCAGCAUCAUCUUCCGCUUCGACCACCGGCAGCGGCAGCGGUCUCACCUAUGGCCUGGGUCAGUCCGGCAAGACCUACUCUGGUGACCUGACCUACUACGCUCCAGGCCUGGGCGCCUGCGGCUACACCAACACCACAGACCAGCCCAUCAUUGCCAUUGGAGAGGCUCUGUUCGACUCCUACAACAACGGCAACUCUAACAACAACCCUCUCUGUGGCAAGUGGGUCACCAUCACUGGCAAGGACGGCCAGCCCUACAAGGGCCAGAUCGUCGACCGCUGCCCGGGAUGCAAGGUUAACGACCUCGAUCUGUCAGAAACUCUCUUCAACGAUGCUACCUCCAAUGGCGAUGGUCGUGUCUCCAACAUGGAAUGGUGCUUCGACUAA